ACUGAAAAUAAUAUAUUAAUAUUACUAAGAAAAGCAAUGUGCCACUUCUUUGCUUGUGUGUCACUCCUCCCUUAAAUUUGUCUUUCUGGCUCAUAUUUGUCAUGUUUAGACAUGCGUUUGCCAACCACUGCAUUUUUCAAUUAGUCAUACCGGUUUUUUCUUACACCUGCAUCUCGGCCUCCGUCUCAUUCUCUCUCCAAAAAUGUGGCAAACUGAAAAUGGUUCCUGAUCUAUGAGAGUACCUGCUGUUACAAAUAAAUCCCAGUUGCAGCCAGAUAAACUUCAGUGAGGCAGAAUUCAGACAGUAGCAUUUUUCCUGCAGGCAUGUGUUCCAGUCGGGGUGUAUGUGGCGGUAAUCGUCCCAACAGGUCCUCCAACUCUGGUGGUUCAGCUGCCCAUUAUGCCCUGUGCGCUCUGGGAGUGGGACUCAUCGCCCUGGGUAUUGUCAUGAUAGUGUGGACUGUGAUCCCCAUGGAGAGCUCAAGCACAUCUUCACCUUACUCAGGAAACGUCACUGUGAUUAAUGACAAUGCAAACAAAAACAUGCAGCCCUCAACAGUGGCAUUCGUGCUAGUCGGAGUUGGUGUAGUCAUAUUGCUCUUAUCGAUUUUCCUCGGUGUGAGGAGCAAGAGGAGAGAUCAGAGCAGAAGUAACCCGACGGAGGCAGCAAGAGCUGGCUUCACGGACCAUACGGCAGGAGAGGAGGGACAACCAGCUGUACACCCAACUACAUACAACGUGCCGAGCUAUGAGGAAGUUGUCGGUAGCAGCAACUACCCUGUCCGCCAGAGCAACCUUCGGCAGACCACCUCACAUCUGCCGUCCUAUGAGGACAUCAUAGCUGCUGUGGAGAAUGAGAGAGCAGACCCCCCUAACAACUCCACAGAGUCGGCCCCUCUUAACGAUGCCCCACCGGCUCAGCCUGCCGCUGAACCCCAACCUGGACAUGCUAGCCUCACGUCAAACCCCAGCUUACCUGCUCGUAGCAGCAGCCGGGCCAGCCGUUUGCUGCGGCCGCUCCGAGUGAGAAGAAUAAAGUCAGACAAACUGCACCUAAAGGACUUCCGCCUCCAGAUCCGCACCCCCACACAGAACCCUGUGACAAUUGAGCCCAUCACUCCGCCUCCGCAGUACGAUACUAAAAUGCCUGAAUUGCAAUAGGAUAAUAUCUCAUUCUGCCUCCCCAAGUUUUGCUUCUUGAUAAGAUUAAUGAAAAUAUAUUUUAGAUUUAAAGAGAGAGCCCAUUUUAAAGAGUGGUUUUGAUUAGUGGAUGUGGCAGCAGAGUGAAGACUGCUCCUGAAAUGAAAACAUUUCAAGAUGUCUGAGUCUUUAUUACAGAAGCUUGUGAUUGGCAUAUUUAUUCUGUCAUGAUGCGUUGAUAGAUCUGUAUGAAAAGGUUUAGGUUUUUAUUAGGCACUUUUUUGUUUGUUUUUUUUAAAGAUCAUGCUCUAUAUUGUCUAAAAUAGGACAGGAUUUCCUUUUUUUGUUUUGUCAAUGGUAAUAAAAACAUCUCGUAAGAUUCAGUUUUUCUGCUUUUGUGAAUUUUUUUUAAAACCAGCUGAUGUGAACUAGAAGGAAAGAUAAAAACUGAUUAAUUGCCAUCUUUUAACAUAUUAUCAGAUGGGCAGAUCUUUCUAAUAUGUAAUAAAAUGUAAUGAAGCCUAAAAAUUAAGACUUUUCUCCUUGGGAAUGAUUUUUAUAAGUUGUAUUUGAACUAUUUGUUUCAAAGAAAAUUGCUCAAAUCUAACUGAUGCACAAUAAAUAAAAACUAUAGUUUAAAACCAGAAGUUAGCUGUUAGACGUUGUGGUGUAUUGAUGAUGACUAAAACAUAAUUUACUCUUCAUAACAUUUUUUACAAUUCAAUAUCUUUAACUGUUUUGUAUCUGGUAAUACUUUUGAAUGAUGAAUAAAUGUUUUUCUAUUGCAUUUCAUAUGUUAGAAUUUAAUAUUUCAUGUUAAAUGUCAGCGUAAAGUGGUUCAUCAUUGUGUUGUGUUAAUGUUUUAAAUAACUGACGAUAAAUCAUUUACUUAAUACUGUGUUGCAGGACCAAAGGAAAGACUGUUGGUGCCUUGAUGGAAAUUAUUCUUCCUUUUUCUAAUGAUUUUUCUUUAUUUGCAUGCUGUAAGAUUGUUUGAGCUGUAUUUAUUAUAGACAAGACACAUACUGUCAUUUUUAGUUUUGGUUAAUAAACCCCAGCAUUUUA